CACAUGCGGCUCAAUCACGACGUUUAUCUGUGGACUGCUAUGCAUCAGACGGCUGUUUCCCUGGUAAAGGCGUGCAAAAGCUGUCAGAGAUUCAGUGUAUGCUGGCUGUUUGUCCCGUUACAUUCGGAUGGACGAUAUCUUGAUCGUGCCCAAAAUGGGUUAGAAGAUGAACCCAUGGAUUAUCCACUUACUACACUUCGGAAGGAUGGGACAUCGGACUGUUUUCACAUAAAUACCUUGACAAAGACGAGGACUGAAAGAAAACAGCGGAAUUGAUUUCGUCCGGUGUUCUGCCCGUUUUUAACCUUUUUGUUCUGUGUUCUUGCGGGAGAAAUGAUUGCAGAAUUGGUGUGCGGCGUUGUGGCUGUGCUCCUCUAUGUCAACACUCUGGGUGCCGAUUUCUGCUACGAUGACAGCCGCGCGAUCAAGACCAACCAGGACCUGCUGCCCGAGACCCCCUGGGCCAACAUAUUCUACGACGACUUCUGGGGCACGCUCCUCACGCACAGCGGCAGCCACAAGUCCUACCGCCCGCUGUGCACCCUGUCCUUCCGUCUGAACCACGCCCUGGGCGGGCUGGACCCGCGGGGCUACCACCUGGUCAACGUGGCCUUCCACGGGGCAGUGACGGGCCUCUUCACCCUGCUGGCCCGCCUGCUGCUGGGCCGGGGACCCUGGAGCCUGCUGGCCGGGCUGCUGUUCGCCUCGCACCCCGUCCACACCGAGGCGGUGGCCGGCGUGGUGGGCCGCGCCGACAUGGGGGCCGCGCUCUUCUUUCUGCUCUCUCUGCUGUGUUACGUGCGCCACUGCGGGCUCAGGGGCCGCGAGGGGCCCCGGGGCCCCGGCGUCUGGCUCCUGGGGAGCCUGGGCCUGGCGGCCUGCAGCAUGCUGUGGAAGGAGCAGGGGGUGACGGUGCUGGCGGUGUCGGCGCUCUAUGAGCUGUGCGUCUUCCACCGGCUGACUCUGCGCCAGGUGGUCACACUGCUCUACAAGAGGAAGAACACCCACCUGCUGCUGAACGUGUUCCUGCUGGCCGCCUGGGGGGCCGUGCUGCUGGUCUGCCGCCUCUACUGGAUGGGCAACAAACCCCCCAACUUCUCCAACUCUGACAACCCGGCGGCGGACUCCCCCUCGCUCCUCACCAGGACCCUCACCUUCUUCUACCUUCCUUCUGUCAACGUUUGGCUCCUCCUCUGCCCGGACACCCUCAGCUUCGAUUGGUCCAUGGACGCCCUGCCUUUGAUCAGAAGCGUAGCCGACUGGAGGAACCUUCAGACGCUGGCCUUCUAUUCGGGAUUGCUCGCGCUGGCCUGGUUCGGCCUGCGAACGCGACCCCAGAAGGCCAAGGGCAAGGAAACCAACGGCAAAGCGCACUGUACUUCCAACGGCCGCAAUGGACACAGCAAUAGCAACGGACACGGCUACCACUGCGGUGACCAGGAGCAGGCCAAUCACCAGCACCCAGAGGCGCCCCACGCGAGCAGCGCCCAGAACGGCACCCGCACGCCUCACCACGCCGGCACCCUGCUCCCCACUACUGAAAACGUUGUGGUGCUCUCGCUGGGCCUGAUGGCUGUCCCCUUCCUGCCCGCCACCAACCUCUUCUUCUACGUGGGCUUUGUGGUGGCGGAGAGAGUGCUGUACAUCCCCAGCAUGGGCUUCUGCCUGCUGGUGGCGGUGGGGAUGAGGUCCCUGUACGUGCGUGUGCCUCGACGGGGCUACAGGACAGUGUUGCUGGGCUGCAGCGCGGCCCUCGUCCUGAUGUUUGGGGUCCGAACCAUGUUGAGGAACCGGGACUGGCGCAACGAAGAGAUGCUCUACAAGUCAGGGAUUUACGUCAAUCCUGCUAAAGCAUGGGGGAACCUGGGCAACGUGCUGAAGAACCAGGGCAAGAUGGAGGAGGCCGAGCAGGCCUACCGCAACGCCCUUUAUUACCGGAGGAACAUGGCCGACAUGCUGUACAACCUCGGUCUGCUGCUGCAGGAGAACAGCAAGCCCUCGGAGGCGCUCCACUACUAUAAGCUGGCCAUCGGGAGCCGGCCAACUCUGGCUUCGGCCUACUUGAACACGGGCAUCGUCCAGAUGAACCAGGGCCGGCUGGACGAGGCCAAGCGCACCUUCCUGACCUGCGCCGACAUCCCCGACGAGAACCUCAAAGACCCCCACGCGCACAAGAGCUCCGUCACCAGCUGCCUGUACAACCUGGGCAAGCUGCUGCACGAGACGGGACACCAGGAGGAGGCCCUCUCUGUGUACAAGGAAGCAGUGCAGAAGAUGCCGAGACAAUUUGCACCUCAGAGCCUGUACAACAUGAUGGGAGAGGCCUACAUGAGGCUGAACAAGCUGGAGGAGGCGGGGCACUGGUACCGGGAGUCCCUUAGAGCCAAGCCCGAUCACAUUCCCGCCCACCUGACCUACGGGAAACUCCUGGCUCUGAAGGGACAAAAAGCAGAAGCAGAGAAGUAUUUUCUGAAGGCCAUUCAGCUCGAUCCAACAAAGGGCAAUUGUUACAUGCAUUAUGGUCAGUUUCUGUUGGAGGAGUCGCGUCCGUUGGAGGCUGCAGACAUGGCGGAGAGGGCGGCCCAGCUGGACAGCGGCGAGUUUGACGUGGUGUUCAGCGCAGCCCACAUGUUCCGGCAGGCCAGUCUGAACCAAGCGGCCGAGAAGUACUACGGCCGGGCGGCCAACCUGAGACCCAACUACCCCGCGGCCCUGAUGAACCUGGGGGCCAUCCUCCACCUCAACGGGAAGCUCCAGGAGGCGGAGGCCAACUACCUCCGCGCGCUGCAGCUCAAACCCGACGACGCCAUCACCCAGUCCAACCUGCGCAAGCUGUGGAACAUCAUGGAGAAGCAGGGCCUGCGCACCGCGGGGCCUUGAGCGGCCCCUGCGUCCCGCCGCCACCGCCGCCCACCCAGACCAUCUGGUGUGGGCGCUACCGAGGGAGGGGGGGGGAGGGGGGCAACGCACCCUCUCCCCCCUCUGCCUCUCUGGCUCUGCCGUGCAGAACGAUGGAAGCAGAGAGUACACAGGAGGAUGUUUGUUUCAGAUGAGCCAUGACCGGGCCCCAGUGCCAUGACUUCCAAAUGAUGAAGCCUCUCUGGGCGCUGGGCCCCUCUGGGGCGCUGUAGCAGUGGGGGUCUCUGCGACGGUACUCCACGGCUGCACCGCGGGCAAUUCAGGACAACGUUCCUCGGAGAACACGACCGUGGUUAUUUUUUUAAUUCAGUUUUGUCUUCUUUUUUUUUUUAUUGUUCUUUGUUUUGUUGUUGAGCUUUUUUGUGUUGUUUUCAUUUUACUAGAGCACUUAAACUUGAAGUCAGGCCGUAGGCGAGUCCUUAAAGGGUUUAAGGGUUGUUCCACAAGGGUUAUAAAUAUGUUUCGGAGGAUUUACCAGGACGCCCUGGAGAGAUGAGAUUACACAAACAUAAAGUAUUAGACGUCAGUAUAUGACAGAUGGUCAUUGUUUGAAGCAAGGAAUUAUUUCAAUCAUGUGUGUAGCACACUGAAAAACAUGAAUAAAUAAGGGAAGAAUCUGUUUUUAAAAAUUGAAGUUGACAACUGUUGUAAGAUGAAAGAGAUUAAUCUAUAAGAGUGUACUAAAAUCAGAUUGGAUGAUAGAGAAGGAAAUGGAAACGCUUUCAUCUCAGCUUUGUGAUGCCUUAUCAUAAUCCAAGGUGCAAAUCUGCUGCACAGCAGCAUGCUGCAUUGCUAACACACAAGCUCCUUACUGCAAUGGCUUUAGCAUAAGACAGCAGCGUACCGCCACACUAACAAACAAGCUCCCUACUGCUGCGCUGUAUGACAGCAGCUUGCCGCCACGCUAAUACACUAGCUCGCCUCGGCCACCAAUCAACCCUGACAGUUGCCGGCGGUUACGGGCUCAGAAAUGUGGCGUUAGUCAUGAGCUCACAGCCUCUCCUUAAUCGCUUGGUGGAUGAAAGUGGAAGACAUGGCGAGCAGCUUUGGGCAGGUCAGAGCUGACAGAGCUGCUGCUCAUUAUGAAGUCGUUCUAACCAAAAAGAGAAAAGCCGCUCUCACCACUGCACUCCUUAAUGUCUGGGAAUCGCUCGGGGAGCGCUUGUUUCCGUUGGGUCAUUUUUGACUUGUAAGUGUUUUGUAUAAAUGAAGCCUAAUAUAUUAUGUACAGUAUAGAGAACAGAUCAAAUCCAUUCUGCAAUCAAGUAGUCGGACAUGUGAUAAGAAGCCAUGGAACACUCUUAAGGUUUUUGGAUGAAGAUGAACACUGUUUUUCUCUUAUCACUCUUGAACCGAACCCUUUUUUUUGUCUUAAAAGCUCCCGUUUUAUUUGAUCUUAAAAGCUCCUAUUUUAUUUGUCUUAAAACCUCCUAAUUUGUAUAUAUUCUGUGUUUAAAGUAACUCCAUUACAGAGCACCUUCCUAGAUGUACGGUUAUCUAUUUGUGAGAGUGAAGAACAUUCUCUUAUCUAAUAUUAUUGCCCCCCCCCCCACCUCCCCAAAAAAGAUCUGUCAAAUUCUGUCUAUGUGGUUUAUUUAAUUAUUACUUGUUGUUGCCUUGGCAACAAAAACCAGCUGGCACUGUGUUUCGGACACUUAUAUAUGUUGAACAAAGAUGAAUGGGAUAGCUAAUACACCUCACUAUUGUGGUCAUGUGUGGUAAUAUACAACUAUGAGUCUGAAGAAAGGGCAUAAAUGUAAUAUUCCUUAUUAAUCAAAUCCUAAUCGAAAGCCUAGGGUUUGUCUAUUUGUAUCUUCCAUGAAUCUUGCCUAAUGGGAGAGGCACGCUGUCGGCUUAUCAUCCUAGCCGUGUUCUUGGAUGAGUCAGGGCUGAACUCCCUCUGGCUGUGUCCUCCCAUCCUGUCAGUCCGUCUACGUCCUAGGCUUGUCAGAAGACCCUCUCCACAUUCAGCAUCGGGAGUCUUGUUUGAGACGAGGGUGUAGACGGAUUGUUGUGGUUAUUAGACGGUUGCAAUGUUGUUAUUCUUGCUGUCUCGUUUGAAUUCGGUGAUCUCCAUAGUGUUUUGUGUUGGGUAAAAUACUCCCUGUGCUUUAGUUGAACCUCCUCACUCACUCACACACGCACCCACCGUGGUGUUCACUUCUCUGUGUGUAGAGUGUCAACGGGGACACACCGUCGUGGCUGGGGUGAAGAUGGAACUAGGCUGGUUCACUCUGUGCUCUGCUCAGGGAUCUCAAGUGCUAGGCUAUCGCAGAAACUUGCUCACAGAGACUUUACUAAAUUAAAGAUUUAUUUUUUGAAAGUUGUUGUAUUUGUAUAAAUUAUCAAGAUUUGUAGCCGUUCCUUCUUGUAAUAUAAAAGAGACGAUGCAAUUGUGUCGGAAUAGACUUUUCCCAAUGUUGCUUUUUUCACAAUAAAAGUAUUGUGUUGUGCUUUUCAUUUUGUUCCCUGGCGCUUUCCUUCCCGGAGGUCUACUUCGCCUUCUCUUACAUCAGCAUUUCACUUACAGUAGAUC